AUGUCGACCUGUGAUACUCAAAAAAUUGAUACAGCUAAAGACAAUAUAUCUACAACUUCUAUUGAUGAAGGAUUGCCUCGAGAGCUAAGCCAAUUGAGUCUAUCUAGUGCAUCAAGCCAAGAAGAGUUUUACUGUGAUAAAGGACAUUCCGAAACAGCGCUAAAAAAUAUCUACGGGUAUUAUCAGUCGCAAAAACUUUGCGAUGUAGUACUUAUUGCAGGAGGCUGCAGGAUUCCAGCACACAAAGUAGUGUUAUCAUCAUCCAGUGAGUAUUUUGCAGCAAUGUUCACAGGUUCUUUACGAGAAGCCCAGUUGAAUGAAAUAACUCUUGAGAGGGUUGACUCACAAGCACUUCAAGCACUUGUGCACUAUUGCUACACAGGCACAAUAGAGCUAAGAGAAGAAUCUGUUGAGGUGCUAUUGUCUACUGCAAGCUUACUCCAGCUACACUCUGUCACCAAAGCUUGCUGUGCUUUUCUGAAGAAGCAACUUGAUCCUUGUAAUUGUUUAGGAAUUGCUUUAUUUGCUGAACAACAAUCCUGCCUGACUUUACAUAAAAGUGCUUUGGAGUAUACAUAUCAACAUUUUAUGCAGGUUGUUAAACAUCAAGAAUUUUUAACUCUACAAGUUGAUCAAUUGGCCAAUUUGCUGAAAUCAGAUGAUCUUAAUGUAGUCUCAGAGGAAAAUGUCUUUGAGAGCCUAAUGACAUGGGUGCAACAUGAUAAUAUCAGCAGAGAACCACAUUUGCCUACUUUAUUGAAACUUAUUAAAUUGCCUUUGCUUUCAUCUGAGUACUUAAUUGACAAAGUGGAACUUGCCUGUGGCAAUGUACCCGAAUGUCAAUCAUUAAUAAUGGAAGCUGUAAAGUGGCAUCUUCUUCCUGAAAGGCGCUCUUUGCUUUUCUCUCAUAGAACAAGACCAAGAACAUCAACAAUUGGCCGUCUCUUAGCUAUAGGUGGCAUGGAUGGUUAUAAAGGUGCGAGCAAUAUGGAAAUGUAUGAUCCGCGGACCAAUACUUGGACGCCAUUUAUGCGAAUGGGAGCAAGAAGACUGCAAUUUGGUGUAGCCGUGAUGCAAAACAAGCUCAUAGUUGUGGGUGGAAGAGAUGGACUAAAAACUUUAAACACGGUGGAAUGUUUUGAUUUGACUACACUAAGUUGGAGUACAUUGGCACCUAUGAACACCCAUCGUCAUGGCUUAGGAGUGGCGUCGCUUGGAGAUGGACCAAACUCUCCUAUAUAUGCAGUUGGUGGGCAUGACGGAUGGAUAUAUUUAAACUCAGUUGAACGCUGGGAUGCGUGCUCGCGCACGUGGACGACGGUAGCGCCGAUGGCAGGCGCGCGUAGCACGUGCGGCGUAGCGGCGCUACGCGGCCGCCUAUACGCCGCGGGCGGGCGCGAUGGCGGCGCCUGCCUACGCUCCGUCGAGUGCUACGACCCGGCCACCAACCACUGGACAAACUGCGCACCCAUGACGCGGCGACGCUGCGGCCUCAGCGUGUGUGCGGCCGGCGGGUUCCUGUACGCGCUGGGCGGGCACGAGGCGCCCGCCAACACGGUGGGCGGGCGCCUGGCCUGCGUCGAGCGCUACGACCCCGUCGCAGACUCCUGGCUGCUGCUCGCCCGCCUCUCGUAUGCGAGGGACGCCAUCGGAUCCUGCUUGCUGGGUGACCGAAUAGUCGCAGUUGGCGGCUAUGACGGAGUACAAUACUUGAAUGUAGUGGAGGUGUACGACUCUGAAUCGAACAGCUGGCGUAAACUAGCGCCGUUAACUACUGGACGAGCGGGCGCUGCUGUUGUAGCCGUGCCGCCGCCGAGGAAUCUCUUCUGA